CUAAACCUCUCCUCUCAAAUCUCAGAUUCAUUGUCAUUGUUUCCUCUAACAACUACGCUGGAAUCCUUCUCGGAAUGGGAAACCCACUCCUUGACAUCUCUUCCCUCGUCGACGACGAGUUUCUCACCAAGUUACACAACAUCAUAUCCAUCUCUUUUUUUGGUUGAAUUCGUCUAGUGUUUCGUUUGAAUCUGAAAUUUAUUUUUCUCCUUAGCUCUAAUAUUCGUUUCUGGUUUGCCUUUCAGAUCCGACGUCAAGUUGAACUAUGUGAUUCUCGCUGAGGAGAAACAUUUGUCGAUGUAACCAUUGCUUUUGCUUUGCGUUUGAUAUUCGAAUAUAAACUGUAUACUAUAAUCUGUGACAUUUUGGGUCCAAAUUCGUUUGGUUGAUGGUUGACUUUCUAGAUGUUGAAGAAGACAAAAAGUAAAUAUAUAUAUGUAUGUAUAUACAAAUUGUUCUUUUUAAUUGAAUUUAUAUUGUUUGGUUAAGAGUAAACCGAUUAAAACCAAUAAACUAAUUAAAAAUUUGCAAAUUUCGGUUCGUGGGGAUUUAGCAUGAGUUCAUAGUUCGGUGGGGAUUUGAUGAUAUAUGAUAAUUAUCACGGGAAAAUUAAUAGAUUGUCGACCCGUUUAAAUAUGGGUUCUGUAUUUUUUUUAAUAUGAUUUGGCUUUGUUAGUUUGCUAGGUCAAUGAUUUAUAAAUUUGUUUGGUUCAAACUCUGUUCUAUUAAGGUCGGUUUAAAUACAUCAUCACCGUCUGUUCCAAUAACGAUGUCUGCCAAUAAGACGUUACCACGUGUAUACAUAUGAUUUGAUAAACAAUACUAAUCUCCCGAUUGCCAAAAAAAGGAAAAAACAGAGCUGUUAUGAUGACUUUGGUCGCAAGUUUAAAAAAAUGGAAAGGAUUACUAUUGCCCCCAAGCCAGAAUCAAAGAGGCUCUAAAUACAUGUUUCAGGCAAGAGUUUUCUCCACAAGUUGUCUCCAUGGGAAAGUAUAAAGAUUGUUUGAAGACCAGAGCGAAUCUAAAGAAGCAGAAGAAACAUGUGGCUAAAGUUGAUAGAGUGACGAGUUUUAACGAUCUUCCACUAGACUUGGUUGGUGAUAAGAUACUCUCCAAGGUUCCAUUAACAUCUCUCCGAGCAGUGCGUUCCACUUGCAAGUUAUGGAACGCUUUAUCCAAGGAAUGGAUGUGGAGUAACGCACCAACAUCAAAGCGGCAGUUUUUGAGUUUCAUGACGAUGGAUUACAAGGUUUAUUCAUUGAGAUUCCAUCCCCACAAAGACAAGUAUAUGGGAGUUUAUCAACCUAGAAAGCAUAUAGAUAUACUUAAUCAAGUCGAGAUAUCCAAAGUUUUUCACUGCAACGGCUUAUUGUUAUGCGUCCUCAAGGACAAUUCAGGACUCGCCGUGUGGAACCCUUAUUUGGGGCAAACAAGGUGGAUUGAACCUAGAUCAAAGUUUCACAAAUGCGACAUGUAUGCUCUCGGGUAUGACAAGAAGCGUAACCACAAAAUUUUGAGAUGUUUUUAUGAUUAUGACUUCAUGAUCAGCAAAAAACACUCUUUCAUGGUCGAAAUCUACGACUUGAGAUGUCAUUCUUGGAGGGUUCUUGACGUUACCUCGGACUGGGCAAUAGAUUAUGAUGCUAACGGAGCGUCUUUGAAAGGAAAUACUUAUUUUUUUGCACAAGAGGAAAUACCACCUUGUGGUGAUGGAAGUAUAGCGGUAUCAGACCUUGAAGAUUUUUUAAUCUGUUUUGAUUUUACAAACGAGAGAUUUGGACCGCGUCUGCCUCUUCCGUUUCACUCUAGUUUAAAAGAAUCUGUGACACUCUCUUGUUUUGGAGAAGAGCAGCUCGCGGUGCUGCAUGAACGGUUGGAUACAUUAGAGACAUUGGAGUUUUGGGUUACUACUAAGAUUGAGCCCAACGCGGUGUCUUGGAGCAGGUUUUUGAAAUUGGAUAUAACACAGCAUGAGGGUUAUUUGUCUCACGUUGGGACUUUCGUCAUUGACGAGGAGGAGAAAGUUGCAAUGGUUUUCGAUGGAGACAGAGACGACCAACCCUCAAACACACGUCGGUACCACAAGGCUUUGGCCGUUGGAGAUGGAUAUGUUGACUUUGAGAGUCUUAGAAAAUGUCCGACUGAGUCUCGUCCCCCACUGGUGUGCUCGUCUUCUUAUCUCCCAAGCUUAGUGCAAAUCAAUUAACUAGGGAGAAAGGAAAGAAAGAGAUGAUUUUUAAUUUCUUCGUUAGUUUAGACUCGAAUAUGUUUGGGUUGUGGAUAAAUCCAAGGGUAUCUAAAUUAUUAAAACCGAAAUAUGAGAAUUGUUUGGAAACAUGAAUAGCAAUAUAAAAAAGAAUAUAAUGUUUAAAAA